AUGCACUCAACGGUCAUAUUUAGUGAGAAGGCAACUCCAGCUUCGAUAACGGAAUUUCAUGACAUACUCUCAAAUGAUUUAGUUUCAAUAAAGGAAAAAUGGUCUUUUGAAUUUAAAACUUAUCGGUUGACUGUCAAAAAUCUUCCUCAGGGCAGCUCUAAACUGAUGCACGUUAUAACUUUUACUAAUAGAGACAAUCAAUCUGUUAUAAUCAAAAACAAUUCUGCCAUCGUCACAUCUCCUGCAACAGAAGGUGUUCAACCAUCUCUUACACUAAAUGGGUGCUCAGCAGGAACUCUUGAUACAUUUGAUAAUCUUCUGGCAUCCAAGCUCUCAAAUUUGUGGACUCAGAGACAAAACAUAAAGGGCGAUUUUGGGAGCACAUUUAAGACAACAGAAUUGACUGUGAGAGCCACAAAUGUCUUUUCUUAUGGUGGGUUCAAAGGUCUCUUGAUUGAGCUCGAAUGUGAAGACGAUGUAUCAGACGGGGAAUUUGAACAACGAGUCAUGAAAAUACGACACCUUUUGGAUGACAUGUUAACCGGUGAAUACAGGGUUUGUAGCGCAUCGAUGGACCCAAAAAACCGCAACCUGAUUUGCGAUCUUGCUUUUCAGUAUGUGAAAGUUUUAGAAGUGUAG